AUUGAAACGUACAGACUGGAAGUGGUUGAAGUCGCUUGUCGCCGAUAGUCUGUUACUUUCGAUUUCAUUUCUUAUUGUGUAGAAGCUGAAGUGGUGUGUUUGUCGUCGGUGAACAUGGCAGGUUUAGAGGUGUUAUACACGUGCGUCGCAGGCAGCAUCAGCUGUCCGCAGGACGCCGUGCUGUGCUUCGUUCACUGGGAGAUGAUUAAGAGUGGCUACAGGUGCAUCGGCUGUGGAGACGAGCCCCGCAGCUCUGAUAAGAAGUCUGAGCUGCUGCCUGCAGACUGGAGCGUCAACAAGGAGCUGUACAGUCUCCGAUAUAAAGCCCAAGACAGUGACACCCAGAUACUGCUCAAGGCCAUCGCUGUGGACUCCACCCUGAUCUUCAACCUGAUGAACUCUGGGACACAGCAGGUUUCAGACCUGACAGUGAACAUCAGUGACCAUGUCAACUCUGAUCAGCUCCACACAUUUGACAGCGUAUUCAAAGAUGCUGACACUUUGUCAGAGAAGGUGAAGACUCAGCUACUUCCUGCUCAGGACCGACAGACGAACCAGAGAGCAGAGAGGAAGAGUCGGAGGGAAGAGGAGGACGAGCAGAGAAGACGAGCAGAGGACAGUGACCCCCUCCGCAUCCCUGGCAGGCAUCCUCGUCAGGGAACGCAGCCACACUGGCCUGAUCCAAUGGUUCCUCCCUUUGCUGCUGGAGGUGCAGAUCUGGAUCCCUUUGGGUCUCGUGGCACCGGUGGGAUGAUAAUGGACCCGUUGAGGUCGGGGUAUCCUCGCUCUGGUUUUGACCCGUCCAACGGGAUUCCAGACAUUUUGCCUCCCGGAGCCGUUCCCCCCGGAGCUCGUUUUGACCCGUUUGGACCUGUUGGACGGCACCGACCAGGGCCCGACCGAGACCACAUGCCACCACCCGGCUACGACGACAUGUUCAUGUAGGUCCUCCUCCAGGGACGGGUUUUAUCACCUUUGGUGAUCUUCAUUAACACUGUUUGCUUUUUCUCUGCUGUUUGCAUAUAACUGAAGUUUCCCCACUCCUGUUGUGGUACUGGUACAGAUCAAGUCGGUAAACAGAAAUUAAACCGUAAGAGGAGAUGCACAGAUAGUGAAACAGGACGAGUUAGCGCCUGGACAACAUGCAGCGUUACUCAGAGGUCCCGGGUUUCUGGUGUUCGCAGCCGAUGUGUCCGUCUGUGGUUGUUUGGGCCCAGACUCAUGAGGGUGAUGCAGCUCUUAUUCUCCCAAACAAACACCUCUGCUCAUAAAGACAGCAGAAGGUUUAGGUAGUUUGGUCGUCACAUUAACUUUGUAGAUAUUUCUUCAUAAAAAGACUUUCCUCGAUUUAUUGUAUUCUGUGGAAAUAUAAAGCUGGAAACUUGUUGAUUGAACCACAUGAUCAGUUCAUUGUCUCGUUCAAACGCUCUAAUAAAAACAUGAGAAUUGG